AUGAGUACGUUCGAUUAUUUAAAGCCCGGAUUUGAAAAACCUCCCACGGACUACUACCAACGACCAUUACUGUUGGCCAUUGAAGAGAAACUGGAAGCGAAAGAAUUAACUGGAUUGAAAUAUUGCAUUGGUCCUCGAAGAUAUGGAGAGUAUGUGUAUGACUUCGGUGUUGAAUUUGCCGAACGAUUUUUGGGCAAACCAAUAUUUGGUCUUUUUUGGACAAACACCUUCAGUCACAACGAUUGGAUUGAUCCAGCCACAAUGGAUACGCGAAUGGUGGAAUAUUUUGAAUAUAUGAACAAGACGGGAAUUCUCGAUAAUAACAUUGUCGUGCUGUUCAGUGACCAUGGUGCUCGUUGGGGUUUUUUGAGAUCGCAAAAAGAGGGUUAUAUUGAGGAAAGAUUACCAAUGUUUUUCAUGAGAUUGCCACAGUGGUUUCAAACGCAGCAUCCAGAUAUUGUGGAGUCUUUAAUAGUAAAUAAAAAUCGCCUAACUAGCCCCUACGAUAUUCACGUUACUCUGAAACAUUUGGCUCUAAUAUCCCUGGGUAAAAAUGGGACAAUACAAUUACCAAGUAGCUGUCCUACAUGCCAAACGUUGCUACAACCUGUUCCCCAGAAUCGUACUUGUCCUAUGGCUGGCAUUGAAGACCACUGGUGUACGUGUACCCCUUUUGAAAGUUUGGACACAGAUUCGAUUGAAAUGAAAAAUCUAACAAACUUAGUUAUAUACAAAAUGAACGAGUAUCUCCAAAGCGGCCCAUAUGCCGAUAGAUGUGUGUCGACGAUGUCAUUGCACAGAAUAAUCGAAGCCAAUUUGAAAUUGGAUUUACACACAGACACUCAUAAAAGUCGAAUACAAGAAUAUCGAAUAAAUUUCAUUAUAGAUCCCAAUGAGGCGGAAUUCGAGGCUACUUUUCUCUACGACAGGAAAACGAGAACAGUACUUGUUGAUGUUACGGAAAUAAGUCGUUUGAAUCGUUAUGCCGACGAUUCGAAAUGUAUAGAUGAUAAUAUUGUUAAAAAAUACUGUAUAUGUAAUGAUAGUGUAAAAGAAAAGAAGAACAAUAAAUGA